AUGGAAAGCAAUGAAAGUGUUGUAAAGAGAAAGUCGGUAACUAACACCUCCAACACCACCACUACAGAGUCUGUCGACGAAAGCUGUUCCAAUGUAAAGAAACAAGCAGUCUAUAAAAAACGUACAGAUACCUUCUUUUUGAAAACAUUUAGAGGAAUCAUUGGAUUUUCAUGGGCAAUUAUAAUCACUUCUGUUAUGUGGGUGGUAUUACCAUUUAUUGUUAUAUUGAAACCGAUUUUAAAGGCUUUGGGUAGCAAGCGUUGGUUACGUGACAGUCCUCUCGAUGUAUUGAGCAGAGUCUGGGCAAGAGUUAUUCUCUGGGUGGUCAAUGUCAAUGUUAUUAUCGAGGAUGAUCACUAUGUCAAGCAAUGCAAUACAAAGUCAACGAUUUUAAUGUACAGUCACGCUUCGAAUAUCGAUCCAAUCAUUCUGAUGGGCUACACUCCGAUCACUACACGUUUCAUCUUCAAGAAGGAACUCCUCUUUUUCGUUCCAUAUAUCUUCUACCUGGCCUAUAUUAUCGGACAUAUUCCAAUCAAUCGUAAGAAGCGUCAGUCUGCAUUCGAAUCGAUCAACAUUGCAGCUGCCAACGUCAAAGAUAACAAGCUUUGUGUUGUCAUCAGUCCUGAGGGUACUAGAUCUGCUGACGGCAUUCUACAGCCAUUCAAAAAAGGACCAUUCCACAUGGCCAUUCAAUCAAAGGCUGUCAUCGCACCAGUAUGUCUAUUUGGUAAUCAUGAACUAUGGCCAACCAAAGAUUUAUUACCAAACAAUGGAACUGUUCAUGUUAGAUAUUUACCACCAUUUGAAAUUGGACCAAACGAUAAUGUAGAUUCACUUUUAGAAAAAACAAGAUCAUUGAUGCACGAAGCACUCGUCAAUCCACCAAAGAAUUUCGAACCACUAAAAUCAGGACCACAAUUUAAUCACUCUCUAAUCUUCUUUUCAGGUCUUCUAAUUAUAACUAGCGCAUUUUUAAGAUACUUUGGUUAUUUCUAA